UCUCUCUUUCUCUGUCACAAAAAAAAAAUGUGUUACACACACAGAAACAAGAGGAAGAGGAGAGGCAGAGGGGAGAAGAGGAGAUCCGACAUGCAGAGGAAAAAAGAGUGAAGGAGCCUUGAACAAGAACAAAAAAAGUGAACAACGUGACAGAGUGGGAGGAACAAUUAUGUCGAUCCAAAGCAGCUGAUGACAAGAAAGGCUCGUUGGGCAAGAGAUGAGUAUAAGCGUCAGUCACUACAGGCUAUAGAGAAAAGCCAUGUUGCUGGCCUAAGUGGCCACUUUCAGAAUCAAUCCUACUGGAGCCACAAUACUUUCAUUGAACCAUCUGUUAGUCCUGUUCCCAGCAAUGAAGUCCGUCCCAGGCCCGGCCUUCAAUGUGCAGAACCUCCUCUGUGCCAGUGCAGACAAAGCCGCAGACAUAGUAGCAGUGCAACACAAACACUAAUGGACAGCCCUGCAUGGGUGCGAACACCACGGCCCAGUUCCAGGGAGAUGCUUAUUCUUUGGUUCACGGAAGAGCAGAAACCAAAACAAGCAGGAUAUGAACGGAAUGGCAAUGAUAUCGCACCGUGGUUCCACGGAGGAAGUCAUCACAACUACAAGGAAAGAGCUGCUGCUGGAGGCCUGCAAGCGGACUGGGCCCUCUGUGGACUUCAGAGGGAUUUCCCAUGACUCCUCACACGCUAAAGACUUCAAAGAUGGAUCUCUGCAGGGCAGCUAAUGUAGUAUGGUGUUCGCUGCAUUUCAAAGAACACGGUCAAAAAUAAACAGAGUUAUGGUGAGUUAUAGUGCCUUAUGAUAAGACCUCAACGGAAAGUUGCUAAUUUUUAAGGAAAAUAUGUAGAAUUCUGGUUUUAAACGUGGUAACGUGUUUAAAGAAGCAGAUUACACUAAUUAUGUAGAAAUGUUUAGACCUUUAUGACAACUUUAAAUUUUCUGUGCUGAUUUAAAAAAAGGAAUCAUGGUUUUAAACUUGGUAAAACAUCAAUACAAAUAUUAUGAUGAAAUGAGUACAACUUAAGAGUUUUUUUUUUUUUUUUUUUUUUUGCAUUUUCUUUGCUGAUUUUUAAGGAAAAUAUCUAGAGAUCUGAUUUUAGACAUUUUAAUAUAUAUUAAAUAGAUCAUACUUAUGUGCAAAUGUGUAGACGCAAACUAGCCUGAUGUAAAGGAACAUCAUACUGUGUUUUGCAUGAAUCU